CAAAAUAAUUGAAACUGGUAUGAUUAAAUUGUUAUUUUGACAAAUAAAAUAUGCAGAAUUUUAAAAUAUUGUGCACAGAAUUUUUUAUUUUUGGUUCAGAAUUGUCCCAGGAGAAUUCACCUGUAAUGAAGAUAAGGCCUUACUAAUGUGUGGCAUCACUUAGAUAUCUUUUAGUUCAAAAUGGAGCAGUUGUAGUUUCCUCAUCUGCUCUCUAAGGCCUGGUCUACACUACGAGGUUAUGUCGAAUUUAGCAGCAUUAACUCAAAUUAACCCUGCACCCGUCCACACAAUGAAGCUAUUUAUUUCGACAUAGAGGUCUCUUUAAAUCAAUUUCUGUACUCCUCCCAGACGAAGGAAGUAGCGCUAAAUUUGACAUGGCCAUGUCGAAUUAGGGUAGGUGUGGAUGGAAUUCGACGCUAAUAGCUCCGAGAGCUAUCCCACAGUGCACCACUCUGUUGACGCUCUGGACAGCAGUCUGAGCUCGGAUGCUCUGACCAGCCACACAGGAAAAGCCCCGGGAAAAUUUGAAUUCCUUUUCCUGUCUGGCCAGUUUGAAUCUCAUUUCCUGUUUGGACAUCGUGGCGAGCUCAGCAGCACUGGCAACGAUGCAGAGCUCUCCAGCAGAGGUGACCAUGCAAUCGCAGAAUAGAAAGAGGGCCCCAGCAUGGACUGAUCGGGAAGUCUUGGAUCUGAUCGCUGUGUGGGGCGAUGAGUCCAUGCUUUCGGAACUGCGAUCGAAAAAACUGAAUGCGAAGAUCUACGAGACGAUCUCAAAAGCCAUGAUGGAGAGAGGAUACAGCCGGGAUGCAACGCAGUGCCGCGUGAAAAUCAAGGAGCUGAGACAAGGGUACCAGAAGACCAAAGAGUCAGACGGCCGCUUCGAAUCCCAGCCCGAGACAUGCCGUUUCUAUGAGGCACUGCAUUCCAUUCUAGGUGCGGCCACCACCACUAUCCCACCGCUGGUCUCUGACGAUGGGGUAUUGUCGACGGCCGCUUCCUCAGAGCUGUUCAUGGACGGGGAAGAUAGGGAAGGAGAUGAGGAGGACGAGGCAGUCAACAGCGCUUUCAACGGUGAUUUCCCCGACAGCAAGGAUCUCUUCAUCACCCUCACGGAGAUCCCCUGCCAACCCUCCCAAGGCGGUAACCCGGACCGUGAAUCAGGGGAAGGAUCAGUAGCUGCGAGUGUCUCCCGAGCUACCCCGGCAUCCCCCUCCCAGAGGCUGGCGCAGAUCAGGUGACGAAAGAAAAGGACACAGGACGAGAUGUUUUCAGAACUUAUGGGCUGCUCCUGAGCCGAGGUGGCACAGCAGACCCAGUGGAGGGAGAACAUGUCGCAAUACCAGUGAUCACACAGCGAACUGGAGGACAGGUGGCGGCAGGAAGACCAGCAGGCGACUCAAACGCUGCUUGGACUAAUGAGGGAGCAAACGGACAUGCUCCGGCGCCUUGUAGAUGUUCUGCAGGGCAGGAGGACAGAGCCCCACUGCAUUCUAUCUCUAACCGGCCUCCCCCGCCACAAAGUCCCAUCCCCCCUCUUACCCAAAGUCCCGAGAAGGAGGGGCGGCAGGGUCCGUGAAAACAGUCACUCCACCCCUGCAGACUGCUCAAGUAGCAGAAGGCUCUCAUUCCCAAAAGCACCUCACCCAAGCCCCCGUCCCAGUUUCAUCCCCUAACUGUGUAGUGGUUAAUAAAAAAUGCGUUUCUGUUCA